UUUUUGAGUUAUAUCAUGUUAUUUGACGGAGCUUUCAAGCAGCCUUUACAGACUACUACUCUUUUUUUCGGUUUAAUAGUGGGCGUUGCUCUUACGAUUUCUACGAAUUCAUUAUUAAACUGGUUUAAAAAAAAAAAAGAUGGAUCUGAUAUUAAUUAUACAAAAACUGACGAUAUUGUUGAUGGGGUCUUGGGGUUAGUUGGUAAUACACCACUUAUGAGGAUCAAGAGUUUAAGCGAAGCGACAGGCUGUGAUAUAUUGGCAAAAGUUGAGUUUUUAAAUCCCGGAGGUAGCUUGAAAGAUCGAGUUGCUCUCAAUAUAAUAGAAAAAGCUGAAGAACAAGGUUUGAUAAGCCCAAAUUCUGGGUGCACAAUUUUUGAGGGAACAUCUGGUUCCACAGGGAUAUCUAUCGCAAUUAUUUCUCGUGCUAAAGGCUACAAUGCAUGGAUUGUAAUGCCAGAUGAUCAAGCGAAGGAAAAAUAUCAAUUGCUAGAAAAAUUAGGUGUGACAGUUGAAAAAGUAAGGCCCGCAAGUAUUGUUGAUAAACAGCAAUUUGUCAACUUAGCUAAAAUUCGGGCUGAACAAUUCGGAAAACAACAAAAUCUUCAACAAGGCGUUGUGGAAGAUAAUUCUGGAAAGGCAGGUUUCUUUGCCAACCAAUUCGAAAAUUUGUCAAAUGCUGAAGCACAUUAUUUCGGAACAGGACCCGAAAUAUUUAAGCAAACUAAUGGCAAAAUCGAUGCAUUUGUUGCCGGAGCUGGUACUGGUGGUACUAUUUCUGGAAUAUCACGUUAUCUUAAACCACUUAUACCUUCCCUAAAAGUAUUUCUUGUUGAUCCGCCUGGCUCUGGCUUGUAUAAUAAGGUAAAAUAUAAUAUUAUGUAUUCACCAUAUGAAGCUGAGGGCACACGACGUAGACAUCAAGUUGAUACUAUUAUAGAGGGUGUUGGUUUAAAUCGUAUGACUGAAAAUUUUAAUACUGCACAUGGAUUAAUCGAUGAUGCGAUACGUGUUAGCGAUGAAGAGGCUGUCGCAAUGGCAAGAUAUUUGGUUCGGGAGGAAGGGCUUUUCGUCGGAAGUUCGUCAGCAAUCAAUUGUGUUGGCUGUGUGCGUGUUGCUAAACGACUGGGCCCAGGAAAUCGUAUUGUUACUAUUUUAUGCGAUUCAGGUCAACGUGUAUGUAUGUUUAUAAUAAUAAAUGUCACGAAUGGUAUUGAAAAUUUGGAUGUUGUUGUAAUUAAAUUAUCUUAUUGGUUAUCAGUUUCUUUAUCCCAAUCGAUUAAUUUAAGCAUCAUACAAAAAUUUCAGCAACAUUUGUGA